GCAGCUCCGGCUUAUCAGUCAGUAGCAGUCGGGCUGCGUUGCUGAACGGUUGUGAAAAGUUCUACUUCUCUGCUCAAGGCACAACGCGGUGCCACUGCGCGUUCGGUUCGUGUCACCCUCCCGCUACGAUAGGUGCUUAUUUCCAGGACAGCCGAGCCGAGCCAGACUGCCUGGUGCCAAGUUACCUGUUGCCCGUCCGUCAUUGAAUGCGUUGUGUGGUUACUUAAGGGUAAACCACGUGCUUUGUGUGAAAGAGGUUCUCCAUUGUGGUGCAACAAGUGCAGAUGUUCUUCCCUUGCAUUGAACAUACUUGUUAAUGGUUUUGUUGGCUGAUUUCCACUAGGUUGAAUUGUGGCGAAUCUGCAUCAAGGCUGGCCUUGAUUUCUGCGCGAGACAAGCGCUGCCGGUGGUAGUGGUAGCUGCGGCAGCAUCGUGUGGAAAAGGAAAGUGAAAUCCUCAUCUAGAGCUUCAGCGGUAGUGACUCCCUCUGCAGAAACCCACCGGGACCCGGUUGCCUGGCCUGGUUCUCAGCAUGGCAUCGAUAGAUUAUGACUAUCUAAUUAAGUUUCUUGCCGUUGGCGAUUCGGGCGUUGGAAAAACUAGCUUCCUCUAUCAGUACACGGAUGGGGUGUUUCAUACCAAGUUUAUCUCGACGGUUGGAAUAGAUUUCCGCGAGAAGCGUGUGCUCUAUACCUCAAAUGGAAUCCACCAUCGGAUACACCUGCAGCUAUGGGAUACGGCCGGUCAGGAACGUUUCCGCAGCCUGACCACGGCAUUCUACCGGGACUCGAUGGGUUUCAUAUUGAUUUUCGAUAUCACCAACGAGCAGAGCUUCCUGGACGUGCAGAACUGGAUGGAGCAGUUGAAGCAGCACGCCUACUGUGAUGAUCCGGACAUUGUGCUGUGUGGCAACAAGGCCGACUUGGACCACCGGCGGGUGAUUAGUGAGUCACGGGCAAAAAGUUUGGCGGACAAGUACAGCAUCGAUUACAUUGAGACGAGCGCCUUCACCGGACACAACGUCAAGGUGGCAAUCGAAAUGCUUCUGGAUAAGGUCAUGAAGCGCAUCGAAACGAUCGUCCUCAGCUCAACGAUACAGGCUAGGAGGGGCGUUCCGAAGCUGUUCGUCGAUACGAAGGAUCCACCGAUUAAGCUGGACGAUGGUAGUGACCAGUCGUCCGGAUCGGGAUGCCGAUGUUGAAGCUUGUCGACGACGACGACAACGGUUAGGCCAAUUUUGAAAUACAUUUUUAUAUACAUUGUGUAGUGUGGUUCCGGGAACGGGAACUUUGUUAUAAAACAAUCUUUGAUUGGACGCUCGCUCGCUCGCUCGGGAAACGAAUCGUUGCCAAACAAACUAAGGUAAGAUGUGAGAUCUUUGUGAGUAAGACAAUAUUUAACGAAAUGCAAAACCGUACUCAAUGUUAAAACCGUAGUUGAUGUGUUUAAAACAGAAAUACAGCUCGCUAGAGAGAAUCAACAAA